AUGUGCAACGUUAGGAUUGACGAGAUCGCGUAUCGCUUAGUGUCAAACCCAUGGUUCGACCGAGUGAUCGUCUUGACUAUCAUAGUCAACUGCUACUUCUUGGCUCUGUACGAUCCUACCAGGGCCUCGAACGAGCAGGAUGGAUAUAUUAUCGUUGGAGACUACAUGUUCAGUUCGAUAUUCAUCGCGGAGCUCUUGGCCAAGUGGCUAGCUCUCAGCAUCCCCACCUACUUCAAGGACAAUUGGAAUUGGGUGGACUUUGUCGUCGUUCUGGAGAGCGCGGUCAGCCUUGUGCUCAAGGCUUUCAAGUCCACAAGCUCGCUGGACAUAUCUGCAUUGCGAGGCUUGCGAGUCCUCAGGCCACUUCGAGCUAUCACGUACAUACAGCAGGUGAAGCUCUUGUUUGAAACCGUCAUCAGCGCCUUCAAGGUGGUCAACACGCUGCUGCUGUGCGUCGGCAUUGUGAUGCUUUUCUUCGGGAAUGUUGGGUACACGUACUGGGCCGAAUCCUUCGGCCACACCUGCGAGGACGCUGUCACGUCCGACGUCCUCUCCGACGAUGUCGUGUGCGGCAAAGGCUACUCAUGCCCAGACGGUUACGUGUGUACAGACUCGGGACAUGUCGCUCUGAACGACGGAGUUACCGGAUACCACGACAUCUGGCACGCGUUGUUACAGACGUUUCAGGUGGUGUCGCUGGACGGCUGGCAGCAGGUGAUGUGGCAUACGCAGGACUCGGCCGGCGAAGGGACGUGGAUAUUUUUCGUUGCGCUCCUCGUGCUUGGGAACGUCGUUCUCGUCUCCAUGUUUCCGGCAGUCGUUUCAUCAAAGCUGGAAGCCGCCAUCGCCCGUGAGGAGAUCCGCAAGAGGAAGAGGAUCCAGGCGGAGAAGGGCAAGGGAGAGGGUUUGGGGGAGAAGAAAGGCCCUCGCGUUAGCGAGUUUGAGAUGCUCUUGAACGAGUACGCCAACAUAGAGGCCGACGAGAUAGCGGCGAUUGAGCGCCUGGCGGCCGUGCAACGUGGCGAGGUACGAGAAAAGCCCGAAGAAGAAGCACCACUCCCGCGCUGGACACCGUUUCCCGCAAACUCGACCAUGAACCGCCUCCGCAAGGCGAUUCUGUUGGACCUGGGGCUUUUCUCGAUCAUCGUCUACAUCGUCAUCUUCCUGAAUGCCAUGGUCCUGUGCCUGGACUCCGCCCACGCUAGUGACCGAAGAGAACGCGUGCUCUCAUACCUUCACGAGGCCUUUACCUCUCUUUUCGUCAUGGAGAUGGCUAUCAAGCUGGGGCUCCUGGGACCCAUCGGAUACUUCAGAGACGGCUUCAACAUCUUUGACUUCGCGAUCACUUGGCUGGGCUUGAUCGAGAUUAGUCUUCAGGUUGGCGGAUUUGUUUCCGGACUACGGGUCAUUCGGAUUUUCCGCAUCGCAAGGGUGUUCCGACUGGCGUCGCUGGGAAAGCUGGGCCGGAAAAAGUUCAACGCCUCCCCCCAGGUCGACCUCGGGAGGAUGAUCUCCAUCAUCACCACGUCCAUACCGUGGAUUGUUAACAUCUACGUCGUUCAGCUUCUGCUCAUGUACACCUUCGCCGUCCUAGGCAUGCAGUUCUUCGGCGGUGACCUAGAGGACGUCGAAUCGGAAGGAGACAACUCCAUCCGUUUCAACUACAACAGCUUCGGGAAGGCAACCGUGACGCUGGUGGACCUUCUCACGGGCAACGUUUGGAGCGAGCUCAUGUUCGACACAGUCGCCGCAACCGGCCAACAAUCGGGGAUUUUGUUCUACGUGGCGUGGCUUAUCCUGUCGAGGUGGCUGGCGGUCGCUAUGGUGGUCACCGUGCUCUUCAAUCGCAUCGACGUGGAUACGGAGGACUACCUUAAGAUAGCCGCCAAGCACUCCAUGCGCUCCCUGUUUGCUCUCGAGCACGCCUUCAUGCAGUGCCACAAGAGCCACGCGUUCUUGACCUGGCGAAAGCGGUACGAGGAAGCCACGGGGAACCGGUCUUCCACCAGGGGCCAGAUGAAGCUGCUCGAGUACUCCCCUCCCGCAGCGCAGCCGGGCCUGUGGCAAAAAGUGGCCGCCUCAAAGAAAUCCCUGCUCAUCUUCGGGCCUCAAAACCGAUUCCGGGAGUUCUGCCGGUGGCUCACCACCUCUGCAGCCGUCGUGCCCCCCAGCCCCUUGGACAUCGAGUCGGAACGAAACGCCUCCGUUGGCGCCGUCCACCACCGGGGUUCCCGCAGCGGUAGGCAGGGAGGGGGGGUAAGACGCGGGACCCAGGGGGACGUGAUUGCGGGCAGUGGAAGGCCGAACGCCUCCUCCACCCUUUCGACGAGAGGAAACCAGGGCUGCUGGAGGCGGUUUCUCCGCAGGCGGAAGCCCCGCCGCCUUGCCCGCCUCACCCAUCAGACUGCCCAGGUCUCUGCCGUUGUCGUCACCCUGGUCGUCGUGUCCCUCGACGCCGAGCUGUUUUCCGGGCGCCGAACCGAGGGGGUGGGCACGACGCGCCUGCUGCUUGAAACCGCGUCCGUGUGGGCGUUUCUCGCCGAUUCCCUGUUGUGCAUAGUGGCGCAGGGGCUUGUCCUCCUGCCGGGGGGGUACCUCCGGGACCCGUCCAACGUCCUCGCCUUUGUUCUCACCAUUCUGUCUGCCAUCUGCUUGUGGGGCUUCGGCGGCACGGUUGGGCGGGGAACGCUGCUGUCGGUGUCGACCCUGAAGGCCCUGCGCGGGCUGAACGUCUUUCGCUUGCUGAGUCUCGCCGAGCUGUCGCGUAGCCUGACGGACUUGUUGAGGUCCCUCCGUUCUUCAGGGAAGGCGCUGUGUCUCGCCGGAGGGGUGGUUGUGUUCUUCUGGCUCCAGUGGGCGAUCGUGGGGCUCCAGGUGUGGGAGGGCACAUUUGGUUAUUGUUCUGAUCCCGUGACCGCCGAGGCACACGGAGAAGAAGUGUUCUAUGUGUACCACACGAGUGAGAACGGCAUAGAAGGGCAGCAAGAAUGCGAGGCCGAAGGCUACGAAUGGGGAAACGCCACCUGGAACUUCGACAACUUCGGAAACGCGCUGCAGUCGGUGCUCAUCAUCUUCACGUACGAUGGCUGGCAAAACAUCAUGUUCAACGCGAUCAACGCCAGGGUGGCUGACGAAGGUCUCAACGGCAGUGAGUGGAACAACACCUGGGCCGCGCUGUUCUUCCUGUUCGUGCUCCUGCUCUCCCUGGUGCUCGUGUUGCUUUUUGUCGGCAUGGUGUUCUCGAUGUACACGUUCAUCAACCUUACCAAGCGGAGCGGCCAGCGUCUCUCCAGCCUGAAGCAGGCGUUCUGGACCAUGUACGAAGCAAAGCUAGCCAAGGUUCAGCCGGACACGGUCCUUGCUUGCCCCGCCGAUGCCCCCGCUGUGCGGCGGCUCCUCUUCAACGCGGCCAGCAAACGUCGCUGGGGCAUCGUCCUAGCGUCUCUCAUCGGAGCGAACGUUGUCGUACGGUUCCUGAUCGGCUCGAACUGGUUGCACUACUUCGACGCGCCCUCCUGGAUUCACCUGGAGGAGGCGGUGUUCGCGCCCUUGUUCGUGCUCGAGUGGGUUUGCAGAGCGAUUGCUUUCGGAGGCGUUCGGGCUAUCACCAGGUCGUAUUUCCAGAUGGUGGAUUUCUUUUCAACGCUCGUGUUGGCGCUGGUUUUUGUUGAAGAGAUCCUGUUCCUCUCGAACCUGACACCAUCGUCCUCCGCGUCCUUCUGGAGAGCCGUGGAGGCCGCCUCGAUGGUUAGGCUCGUCCGCCUCGGCCAAGUCCUCCCGAACGCCCAGGAGUUUCUCCUCGUGAUCGCCAAGUCUUCCAGCGUCGUCUUCCCCCUGCUGCUCGUGCUCACCGCCCUCACCUACCUCUGGAGCGUGUUCGGCGUGCUCUUCUUCGGGAACGAAACGUACCUCGCCGGGCUGUUCGGGGAUGGGAACCCCUGGGAGACCGUGAACCGGCACCAGGGCUUUUUCAGCGUUGCCCAGGGCAUGCAGACCAUGAUCGGCGUCGCGACAACUCCCGGGUCGAACGGCUGGAUCACGCUGAUGCAGCGCUACGAGGACGUUACGUCCCCCCAGUGGAGGUGGGCGGUGGUGACGUUCUUCGGAAGCUACGCGCUCCUGACGAGGUUCUUGCUGGUGCAUUUCUUCAUGAUCACGCUCCUGUUCAAGUACAAGACUCACUCUUACGACAAGGCCGGCGUUGCAAUCGAGCAAGUCAACCAGUUUAAGCAAGCGUGGAUGGCCCACGCCUACCGUUACACCAAGGAAUACACAUCCAUUUACGCCGGUCAGCUCGUGGACCUGCUCAGAGAGCUUCCCCCCCCUCUCGGAAUCGGCAAGGAGGGGUCCUACUACGACUGCCAAAUUCUGGCCAAGAAGGUGCUGAUCGCCUUAGGAAUAGACGUCGUCGCGCAUGUCCCGGCUGAAGAUCUGACGGGCGUGCUUUCGUUGUACGGGAGCACCGUCGAACAUCUCGGCGGCAAGCCACUUCCGGUGCAGAGAAACGGUUUUGGGAGUGGUCCCGGAUUCAUCAGGCUUAACUUCUCUAAGGUGCUGGUUGCCGUCCACCGCAUCGUUCUCUUCGACCUCACGCUGGAGGACGAGCGGCAGGUCAACGAAAGGAGGAACAACGCCAUGCGCAACCUGACAGUAGCAACGACCCGUGCACAGCAGGAGGGCGUGGCCCUGCGGGAGUGUUCUGUUCUCAGGACGCAGCUCCCGGCCACCUUCAGGGCUAGGAUCUCCAUGGCCCUCACGGCCGAGUUCUUGCGGUGGAAAGACCACGUGGAUUUGUGGGGAUGCGAUGGCGAGGUGGAUCUGCUCGGGAGAUGUCUGCUCGAGGCAGCUUCGCACGAGAUCAACGCGACGGCAGCUGUAGAACAGUUGACCACCAGGCUGUUCGAGUCCCACGUGGGAGACCGGAAGCUGGUGACCCGGCUGGCCGAGAUCAGGCAGCACCUCCUUACGCUCAAGGGGCUCCGUGUGAAGCUCAACGCCGCCAGGGGAGACUACCUGCAAACCUCUUGGGACGGAGGCAGUCUCCGCGUGCGGCAGACGAUUGACGACGAGGAGCGAAACUCAGGAAUAACAGGGAUAUGUGCCAGCGUGGACGGCGUUUGGGUGUUCUGCACCACGGACGACGGGCUGCUCAAGGUUUUCAAACGAGGCAAACCUCCCCGCAGGAAGGGAAAGAAGAGGACCAAUCAACAAGGAGCGUACGCCCUGGUGCAGAACAUGGGGGUCAACGGAGACAUACCCAAGGGUAGCAACGGCGGUAAAGGCAGCAGCGGCAGCAAGAGAACUACGAGGGGGUUGUGCGUUGCGUGUUCCCCGGACGGUUUCAUCGUUAUGGCCGGGUGUUCCGACUCAGGAGUCAGAACCUUUUGCCAAGACACUGCGGGGUUUCGGCGAGCUGUGCACGAGAUGAAGGCGGCAGGUGUCCGGGGGAGAAAACCGCCCAUCUUAUACCGCCCAACCUCAGUUGGCAAAGGGCACAAGGCAGCCGUGAGGUGCGUAACUUGGCUAGACCCCGGCUACUUCUACACCGGCGGGGAGGACGGCACGGUGUGCAUGUGGAACAAGAGCGCUGCUAACCGACCAGCGCAGUUCGUGGACGUAUGUCGUUCGAAUUUUUCGUGCGGCCCCGUGCGGUGCCUGUCAGUAUGGAGGACAACGUACAGUACCGACCUCUUGGCGGCUUGCUUUGAAGUCGACGAUGGCCAGGAAGUGGACCCCCCGGUGUGUUUGCUGGCUGGAGACGGUGACGGAUACCUGUCGGUGCUACCCGCCAGAACAGAUAGCUCCUUCUUUGCGAUCGACAUUUGGAAGACUUCAUUGAGACACCAGGUCGACGCAAGCGGAGGAGCCGUGACGGCUGUCGAGGUGGCGUGGGGAAGGGUGUAUACCGCUUCCGGUCUAGCCGGAGUGAUCAAGGCUUGGACUCCGCUUUGGGAUGACGCGACCAAGGAAAAGCUGCUGGGUUUCUCGCCGGUGGGUCAGUAUGCCGUGCACUCCGGAGAGGUGUCCUCCAUCGUCUACGCCAAGGGUUUGAUGUUUUCAGCCGGGGCCGACAUGUCCAUCAUCACGUGGUACCCUCCCCGCGAAACGGGCACCUCUGGACGAGCCUCGGCAUCGCCCCCGUCCCCGCACGACGAGGAGCAAACACGCCUACGGCGUCAUAACUCCGGGAGCACCGAAGAGCCAUCUCCGGCCCUUCUGGCGCCUCCUAGCCCUGCCCCUGCGCUGGCAUCAAACGAAGGCGGUAUCCGGACCGGGGUGAAGCACGAGAACGACCCGGGAGUAGUGGUGCAUGUGGCAGAGGUUAUCGGCAUCGCAGUGGUUCCGGGAGCUCUGGUUUCGGCGGAUGCGGCGGGGAGGCUGCUCGAGCGGGGACCUAGCAGACAUAUCGAACGCCACUGCAGGCAGAUUCUACCGAGCGAUGAGGCUAUUCAAAGUCUGCGGCCGAUUGCCCUGGAGGUGCUCCGAACAAGGGCGCACGCGAGGCGUACGACCCCCGCGCACAGGGGAGGCGCCGCAGCUUGUACAGUAGCGGCUACGGCAGCCGGUACUGAUACCGCCGUUGUGGCACAGGCUGUCCAGGACCACCUCCGCGCGGUACGGUUCCUUCUGAGGGCAAAAGCGAAGCGCCGCGCCAAGGAGGAGAUUCGCGUUGAGAAACAGAAGGCGGCCGACCUCCAGACCGCGGCGAUAUUCGCGUCGAGACUGGGUCAACAAGCGGGGCGGCCUAUGCUCGGGGCCGGGAGGGCGCCGAGGGACUCGGCGUCUAGUGAUAGGAGUUCUGCGUCCGACACAUUCGUAAGAGCACGACGGUGCUCAAUAUUGAGCAGCGUCUCCAUGCGGCCCGUCGCAGGCCAAGACGGGGAAGGUAUUUCGCAGGAGGCGGCCGAUGUGAGCAAGCUUGCAGACAUGGACCAGAAGCCAGCUUUCCUAGAAACGGCAGACCUCGAACGGCUGGUGAAGAAUCCCGAUGUCUACCUGGCCGAACUCAUGAGACACUUUUUCCCAGGCAGAGACUUAGCUCCAUCCCGCUUCCCCGGAUCGCGAGGGGCAGCAGCCGAUACGAGGACUGCCCCAGAACGGAUCGCCCGCAGCAUAGCCGGCGGAAGUGGAAAACGCCCGUCCGCGUCGGACAGCGUCAAGGUUAAGGGUAAGGGCGACAAAAAGAAACGUUUUCCACCCGCGGCGACGAACUUUUCUUCGACGAUCGAUGCCGCAAGGAGGGCGGCCAUGCGAAUGCACGCCCGGUCACAUCGAAGCGAAGCCUCUCGAUCUAGCUCAGAUGGCGAAGGGAGCGGCGAAGGAGAAGACGUUGAAACAGGAGAUAAAGAAGGCCACGAUGACCUACACAUCGGCAACAUGGAAGGAUCGUUGGUAAGAAUGGAGACUGCUCUUGAGGGACGCAGCUUGGGGGCGCUCCUGCUACGCGCUACUAGAGAUAACAGGGAAGACAUUGACACGAAACAUGCCACCCAAGAACCGGCGGUCGCCGCAGGGAAAGGGGAAGAGGGGAAGGAGGAGGAGGGCACACAGGAGGAGAAACCCAGACCGCACGCCCUUGAACCUGAUGUCAAUAACGUCAAGCAAGGGUCAGAGUCAUCGGCGUCUCUAAACUCGAACGAAGACCGGAGUGGUACAUCUACAAGGGCCGGUACCGCUGACCACAAGCCCGAGGAGAGAACACACCAAUGGGGAGGGGCUGGUUCUGCCAUCGACCAAAGCAGCGCCGGCCAAGACGCAGACACCUCAUUCGUUGGGGACAACUAUAGCACGGCCCAGAUGCGACGAAAGGGCUGCGUAACCGUCUUCGUGCCGCAUUCGCCCAGCCCCGGAGUGUGGGCCGCCAGCGUAGAGUACGACGGUGAACGCGACGUGGCGUGGGUCUUAGCCGAGGCUCUUCGGAUGUACGCAACCGAACACAGUCCAGUGGCGCGGCACGCGGGGUUAGCACGCAGGCCUCGGCUUGUCGAGCGCUCUCCCACCCGAUGGGGGCUGUUUCAAGGGAACAGCAAGGAGUCAUGGGAACAGGGACCGGUUUUGUCCGCGGCGGCCCCCGUGCUCUCUGUGUUACGACCAGGGGAGGAGUUGGUAGUACUAGUAGAAGGGUUCGAUCCUGCGGCCGCGUUUGCUAGACGACCAUCGGUAGUGGCCCUGCCGCACGUUCGAAACGAUGCAGCGCCAGGCGCCUCGACAAGGAUCAAGGGUGACCGCGACGGAUCACUUUCGUUGCCAACCCUACCUGUGGACGAUGCUGCAUCUAUGCGCGAAGAUGCCCUUUCUGAUGGGUCGAGGGCACCCAGCGAUGGCCCAAGGAGGUUCGCGGGUAUCAGCGAGCCAGAGGCUGCCGAUGCCUGCACCCGUGUGUCAGCGACACUCACCCGCGGUGGUGGUGAUAGCCGUGGUGGCGCCGGCGACUCUCUCUCCGCCACGGGAGGCGACCAGGUGCCGGGAGCAGCUACACUUGUCGCGAACGGUCCUGCAAUGUUCGAAGAUAUCAAAACCGGCGGGUACUACCGCGGUCGGAAGUCCCAAGAGCUCGGCGACGAAGACGCUAACGUGUAUAGUAGUGACGAUUCGCUCACGGACGAGGAAGACGAAGAGACACGUGACGACGACGAUGACGGCGACGACGAGGGCUACUAUCACUACCAAAACCCCUACUACGCGGCGGGUGAUGCCGCACGUCGACCCAUUGGGGGAAAUGCCUCGUUGGGGCGAAACAGCCCUGCACAAAGCAGGCUAGUAACAGACGCCUCUGUCACGACUAGAGGAAUAACGGAGAGGUGUGAAAACGACAAUAGUGGGGGCGGAGGGUCACGAUCACGGGGGCUGGGCAGCGUGGCUACUGGUGGAGAGCGCCGCGAUGAGCGGCAGGCGGGAGAUGGGUUUCCGCAGGAUAGAUCUCCGCCUCGUUCCUUGGUGGCACGCAUGUACGCAGCUUGGGGGGAAGACAACCGGUGACACCUCUUUCUUUGGCCGGGAGAAGGCAGCCGUGCUGUCCAACAAUACCCGAGUUUGGUUUACGGGAUUUUCAAGAAUGCUCGUGUCGAGCACCCCCGCGAAUGGUGUGUUCUUGGUCGCAGAGGACACCAAACGAAGUGGGUAUAGUCUACGCUUCUAACUACAUUGACAUUUUCCUAGCCUGACGUGUUCAACGUGUUCGAACCCAAAUUCCCGAGGUCCUGGGUAACCAACGGCCCCGAUUGGCAGCACUUGGCGUACUCACGUAUAUCGUUCACGAGACCAGCUUCAUAAUAGGCCGCGGAUGUAACAACCAGCCCCUCCUUACUCCGGACCAGAGAUCAAAGGGUACAUUACCACAUCGGGUACUCUCGGCAUAUUUCUCGCCCGUGCCGCGGUGUGAAUCGCAGGCAAGACGCGGAAACAGGAGAAUGGGCAACUGCGUCGUCGUCGUGGGUACACAACGGCUGGCGCCUCAAUUGCACAAAUGGGCUCCCUCAACGUGGAGCGCGAACCUGAGGGGUCCCCUCUAACUCGCGCGCGCCCGCAUG